GAAACAACUGAUGGCAAAACACUUGUGUGGUUUGUUUUGUUUGCUUCUGUGAAAAUGUUUAUUUUCAUAAAUAAAAUCGAGUGAAAGUCUCCCUUUAAACGAUGUUCCGUACCCCAAAACGUAAUAAGGGAGUAUCUAACAACAAUGAAAUUGCAACUUUAACACCUGAAAGGGCAUUAAAACCUAGAAUUCUUAAUUCACUAGACAAAGACGCAUGUAACGGGAAUUCAUCAAACGAAAUUAUUUCUGUAUCGCCAAAUGAAAAUCGAAGAGGUCGACCAAGAGCUGAUUGUUUAAAUGCCCUUAUUUUAGAAGGCUCAACGUCUCCAAGUUCCAUAAAAUGCAAUUAUUGCGGAAGAGUAUUUCCUAGGGAAAAGUCAUUGCAAGCUCAUAGGAGAACCCAUACAGGUGAAAAGCCAUAUUCUUGUGAUUAUCCAAAGUGCUUCAAAAGAUUUGCACAAUCAGGACAAUUAAAAACCCAUCAAAGACUUCAUACUGGAGAAAAACCAUUUAUUUGUUCUGCCCCAAAUUGUGAGCAACGGUUUACACAUGCCAAUCGACGUUGUCAGCUUCAUCCUGAAUUACAACUGAAAAGGUUUAACUCGUCAAGCAAAAUUGAAUAUGACAAGUCGAUGGAUGAAGCACAUCAUGCUGAAGUACGAGCCUGGUUGACAAACAAUGAAAAAAGAGUCAAAAGAUGUUCUUCUGGAUCCUCUGGCGAGUUGGAAACAACUCCAAAAAGGUCACGACCAAGGACAUUCAGUGAAAAAUCGCCAUCGUUAUCGCUCAAUUGGCUGAGCUCAAAUGAAAAUUCAAAUCUAACAGAAAUCGAAAAUACACCACCUCCUUCUGAAGUUGAGUUUCCAACUCUAUCAGCUGAUGGUGACGACAAUUUUAGCGCCAAAGAGGAAGCAGACUCCAGUCGAGAUGAUAAGGAGCUACCAAAGAAAAGAUGGCUUCGAGAGGCCACUAAAAAAGGAGAUAUUGUUUUGGAUGAUCAUGAUAACAAUCAUGAAGAACUUGCCCAACCUUUAAACUGGGACGAACCAGUGGAAAGUACAGAAAAUAAUCAUAAUACCGAUUUAUCUUGCCCUUCCGAGAAUAUGGUGAUAAUGGAAAAUCAGAAUAGGCCUUCAGUUCUUGUUUGUUUACAUGAUGGUAAAAAAAAAGCCAUGACCAAUGAUGAAAUCCAAACAGCUAUUGCUCUUGUGGAGCUGAAAAACAGUGGUAAUUGUUAUAGUAAAUGUAAUUAUAGAAUUUAAUCUUACUGAAUUGUUAAUUUAGAUGUUUUAAGUUAUCAGACACACCAGAUGUAGGUAUAUUUUAUUAGAAUGGUAGCAGUGACACCAGAUUUUUUUGCAAUUUUUUGUAGCUUCUAUUUACCUAAAAUAUGUUCUAUUACCAAUUCUACUUAUUUAUUAUUUGUUCAUUGUUAUUUCAGAGUAACAGUGAAAUUGAUCAGUAUAUACAGGGUGCCGAUUUGACGUGUACAUAUUUUCUAACGAUAGAUUCUUGUAAUCAAAGAGAAAAAACUUUUUUUUACUAAAACCAAACUCGAAUGAAAGUUUUCACAAAUAUAUUUUUCAGCGACCUUUUUACUUAUUACCUUCAUAUUUCAUGGUCAUCUUGAUAACAGAAUAGCUUAUAUUUUUUAAAAGCCAUGUUGUGUUUGUGUAGUUUAAUAAAUUUACGACAUAAUAAGGAAGAUUAUUGUUAGAUGUUGAUGAAUUUCCAUUGAAAGAGUAAAUUUCCUUAUUUUUUUUAAAUAAUGCAGUAUUUAGUUAAUGGUUUUCAAAAAUGUUUGGUUGCAGGAUUAUGCUGUUUAAAAAUGAGCGUCUUUCAACCAUGGUAUACUAUUUUAUUUAUCUUUUUAAAAUUCUUAAUAGAAUCAUGUUCAUGAAUUCUCGACUUGGUUUGUUUUUACUCUAAAUUUAUGUCAAAUUAUUUUGAUUCAUUCAACUACCUUAUAUUUAAGGUAGCAUUUUAGAGUUAAAUGGAAGUACUUAAACUGGCUGAUAAUUUUGUAUUAAUUUACAAACACUGAUGAAACUAUUCAGAUGAAGUUAUAUUUUACUUGGGUCGUCACUGUGACUUCCCAAUUCAUUUCAUCUAGCACUAUAUUUUUCAAACUUACCUGAUCUAAAUUUCUCAUAAAUAUGUAUUACAGUUAUUUUUCUCUUAGAAGACUAUGUCCUGUAUUUUUCUCAUGAAGUGGUUCACUUCGAGUUGUAUGUUGUUUUCAAUGAUAUUUAUUGGUGCUGUUAUUGAUCCAGAAUUGGAUGCAUUUAAUAGAGAUACUUCUUCAAGAUUCCCAUCUUUAUAGAUAUAUAUAUUUAUUCCAAUAGUAUCUAAAUUUUGUUGUAUUCAUUAUUUAUAUUUCAACCGUUAUUUAUCAGAAAAAGUAUAGAAAUUUAGAAUGAUAUUGAGAAUCCAAUUAACAUUUAAUUUCUCAGAAGUGGAGGUGAGAAGAUUAUAAAUUCUAAUUAUUAAUAUUAUUUAAAGGCAGGAGAAUAUUUUUUCAGUUAAUAUGAUCUUCUGUAAUAUAUAAUCUGUACUUCAAACACAUCUGUCCUCUUAUAGAUUAAUUGAUUCCUAGAAUUUUCCUAUCUUGUUUAUGUUUGUUUCUUGUGAUAAUAUAUAGUUUUAUCUGAUAAAA